CAGUUUGAUUGAUUUUACGCAAAUAGUAUUUAUUUACAAUGGAAGAGAGUUGUGAUAAAAAUGAUGUGAAUGUUGCUGUGACUGACUCGGGUGGUUUAAAUUUUAAAGAAAAUUUCAAUCGAAAACUUGUUGAAUAUGACGAACAGCAUCAAGGUUCGCAUCGAAAAGCUUGGACAUCGGAAAGAAUCUCAAAGGUUGUAAGCGACAUACGAAACGCUCAGGUGACCAUGAGUACUGGUCAGCGAAGGACAGCCAUGGAUUAUUACUGGAUGAGCAAAUACGAUACUAUGACAAUUGGAAACGAAGACUGUUUAAUUUUUAAAAGAAUCACAGUCACUGAUCCUACGGUACGCAUUUUACCCAGAGAACAAUAUUUUGACGUCUUAUCAGAUAUCCAUGAAUCCUGCGGCCAUGGUGGGCGAGAUAAAAUACUGUUUGAAAUAAAAAAUAAAUACUAUAUUCCGAGGAAAGCAGUAGAAAUUUUUGUCUCUCUUUGUCCCAUAUGUAAAACUAAAAGAAACGUUCCAAGCAAAGGUAUCGUGGCGAAACCAAACGUCUCAAAUAAUAUUAAUUUAGGAGGACAAGUUGACCUUAUUGAUUUUCAGUCUUGCCCUGAUGGAGAUUUUAAAUGGCUUUUAAUCUACCAAGAAAACGUUACUAAAUUCAUAAAUCUGCGUCCACUUAAAACAAAAGGAGCUGCUGAGGUAGCUGCCGAGCUGAUGAAGAUUUUUUUAUUAUUCGGUGCACCCUACAAUUUACAAUCAGACAAUGAUGUUGAGUUCACUGCAAAUGUAAUAAAAGAAUUAGUUGCAAUGUGGCCUGAGUGCAAAAUUGUUCAUGAGAAUCCGCGUCAUUCUCAAACUCAAGGCAGCGUCGAAAGAACCAAUCAAGUCGUCGAGAAUAUGCUGCGAACCUGGAUGAGUGAAAACAAUUCGACAAACUGGUCUGUGGGCUGCUUCUUCGUGCAAUAUUUAAAAAAUUCUUCAUUAAAUCAAAAUAUAGGAAAAUCUCCAUAUAAAGCAUUAUUUGGGCGUGAACCUAAAGCGGAUUUAAAUGGAUCAGAUAUUCCAACGUCAAGACUUUUAAUUACAGAGAGAGAUGAGCAAUUGAAAACUUUUAUAGAGCGAGAACCAGUUGACACUGAGAACAAUGACUACGACAACGAUAGUAAUAGUUCGAAAACCUCUACAGAGAAUACUGAAAAAAUAGAGUCAAACUUCACUUGUGCAGUAUGUCAUAACGACGCCACUGAAACGCACAAGUGCGAGUCUUGCAACACAGUACACACAAUGUGUGGAAUAACUGGUGCUGAAGAAGGUUACGACUCCAAAGUUGUAUGCAUCAUGUGUCAAGUUAAACCGAAUAUAAAAGUAGAAGGAGACGCAGCACAUAAAGGACUUAAACGAGCAGCAGAAAAUUUGAUUGAUGCCACCAUUAAAAAAAUACCCAGGUCAGACAUCGGUAAAAGUGUCUUAAUAAGUGUACCCAAAAUGGACCGCGGUCCUCUGGACAUCAAAUAUAUUCACGCAAAAAUUGUUGAUAUAAGAAACGGUGUCUAUAAAGUUGCAACUAAGUAUGGUACUAUCAAAAACUGGUUUUCACGACAAGAUUUGCAAUAUUUAGACACAAACUAUGGCGACGAAAUUUCAGAAAGUCCAAUUUCUUUGAGAAUUGCUGUGGCAAGUCAAUCACCUCUCAGUCGCCAGGGAUUUCAAAAAUGUUGUUGUAAGCCUGCUGUGAGUCAGUGUCGCAAUAAUAGAUGCGCUUGUUUUAAAAACAAAGUUCUUUGCGGAUCGAAAUGCCAUGGAAGAUUAACUUGUGUUAACAAAUAA